AUGAGUGAGUUUGUGUUUGCGAACGUGAAGGGCGAGACUCUCGUCAAGGCGCCCGGGAGCAUCAAUGGGGAGAGCUUUGCCAUCAAGAACCUGGAAGACGUCUUCCUGCUGGACCACUCGAGCGAGGUGGAGGUGACCAACUGCACCAACUGCCAGAUCUUCGUGGGCCCCGUGGACGGCCCCGCCAUCUUCCAGGGCUGCACCAACUGCCAGGUGGCGGUGGCCUGCAACCACUUCAAGGCAGACGCCUGCUCCAACUGCGAGUUUGGCCUCUACUCCUCCACCCAGCCCGCCAUCGCCGCCUGCACCGGCAUCCGCAUCGCUUGCUGGGCGGGCGCCUACCCGCAGCUGACCCGCCACUUUGGCGACGCAAGCCUGGACCCCGCAGCCAACCAGUGGAGCAAGGUGUACGAUGGCAGUGCCGAGGAGGGCGCCGCGCCCAACUUUGAGCUGGUGAUUGAGCCGACGCCCUACUGGGAGGUGCCGCUGGACAACUUUGGGCCUCCUGAGAACCCGGUGCCCGGCCCAGACGGCAGCAUGUAUCAGCCCGCCGCAGCGGCGCCCGCUCCCGUGCUCGCCGCCGACGGGGCUGGGCUCGAGGCUGGCGGCGCGCUGGGCGAGGCGGCGGCGCCAGGCGAGAACGGCGCAUUCGAGGGCGCUACGCCGCCAGCUGGCGCCGCCAUCCCCGACGACUUUUUCGGCGCGGGAGACGGGCACGUGCCCAGCGAGCAGGCCGAGACGGUGGCGAGCGGCUUGCUGGAGCCUGCGGCGGCGGGGGGGGACCAUCCUGCGGUGGCCGCCGCCAAGCAGCGCCUGCAGCAGCGUAUGAAGGACCAGGCGGCGAAAGAAGCCGAGCAGAAGCAGGGCAUCCAGGCGACGGCCGCCAAGUACCUGGAGCAGUUUUAUAAGAAGCGGGACAGCAGCAAGGAGGAGCGCAUCCGGCUGGGGCGGGAGGCGCUGGAGGGCAAGGGCAACGGCGAGCUGGGCCCCAACGGCGCCACCGAGCCCGAGCGCAUCCUGUCAAUGAUAGACUUCAACCUGACCCGCCCCCACGGCGCGGACCUGUCUCGAUUCAAGAGCGUGCUGUUCACGUGCAAAGCCAAGGGCACGCUGCCGGCGGCGGCGGUCUGA